AUGUCUCAUCUCAAGUAUCAUUCCUACGAAGGUGUAGGCCAGAGGAAUCUCGAGGGUUUCAGCUACAACCAGGCGGUAAGGAUGGGCGACCGCAUCGAAUGCUCUGGUCAAGGCGGGUGGGACCCCAAGACGGGCGAGUUUUACAAGGAAAUCAAUGCCCAAAUCGAUCAAGCAUUCGCUAAUGUGGAUCUCAACCUCAAGGAUGCUGGCGGAGCAGGCUGGGAACAGGUGUUCCGGGUCAACUCGUACCAUGUGCCGAUCAACGACGAAGCUUUGGCGGCCAUGGUAAGGAACUUUAGAAAGUGGAUGCCGAACCACAAGCCGAUUUGGAUGUGUGUGGGAGUGCCGAGGCUUGGUGAGGACGACAUGCGUGUUGAGAUUGAGGUUGUCGCUCACGUCCCGGAAGGAGCCUCGAAGGCAUAGAUACUUGGAUUGGUUGAGUUUAAAAUCAGCCGUAGCCAACAUACAUCAUGAGGAACAAUCAAGUCACGACAGUACACCACACAUGGUGGAAACAAAUACCAGAGAAGAGAGAAAGUGUAAUAAAUGUCCCGAAAUGUCAUAUUCCCAUUAUUGUAU